UCACAUUGUGUGUGCGUGUGUGUGUUCCGCAAACGAUUAGAAUUCUCAUUCGUCUUCGACGACGACGACGACGAUGACGAUAUAGAACCACGCAAUUCUCUUGUUGGACUGACAGCUCUAGUCCAUAGAGACGAUCAACAGAGAAAAGGCGAACUGUGUGUCCGUUGGGAAAAGAUCUCGCGCACCCUUACGGAUAACCACCCACUUACCCUUACGGCUAUUACCGUUUCUUCUUUCCGGUGGAUCCGACUAAAUCAGAUGAACCAGCGGCUUGCGGUACCUCAGCCGGAGCCCAGUGCGCUGAAGCGGCUGAGGUCGGCCGCGAGCGCCCCUUACCUUCUAUCGGUGCCCUGGGGGCUUAUCUUUGUGAUCCUUUUCGCCGGACUUUUGCCGGCACCCAACGAAGCGCGUCGUCUUCCCUCCCGACGCGCUAUCGACGACUGUCGCGGAAAUAUCGUACCCCUCUUCGAACAGUACAACGCCAGGUUAGACCGACUUUGCGACGAGUGUUACGAAAUCUACCGCGACGUUUCCAUUCGCGAUCAGUGCUCGAAAGACUGCUACCGCAACGAGGUAUUUCGCAACUGCUUACAAGCUCUAAUGAUACAAAAGGAGAUGGGAGACGUCUACAAAAUGAUCAAUACACUCGCAGGCUGAUGCAGUCCAGUCCGCAAGUCGAUCAUCAAGCCUCAGCAAAAUUCUUAACAGAAGCACCAACAAGAACGAUUAGAAGAACGAUCCCAACUGUCGUCGAAUUUUUCCCAACGGCAAUUUUCACGUCAGACGUUAUCGUGAACUUACCAACAGCUAGCGCGGCGCAGCAAGCCGACCGGACCUGUGAAAAAGCCAAAUAUUCGAUAAAAACAAAACCUCAAUCAACAACGACAACAACAACAACAACAACAACAACAACAAUAAAAGAAACUCUGUCAAAAACACGAAUUACUUCGAUCGGAGUAGUGGCUAAUUUAAUUAUGCCAAACACGACUAUUCGCCAUCAGGACUAUCACCAAGACGAGUCGAAGAAGAAAAGGAGGUCUGUUGCAAUUCCCACAACAAUCACACUUACUAGGACCUGCCGCAGCAGUAACAUAAUUUCUAGUAAUUAUAAUAUUAGUAACUUGGCAUCGUUGUCGUCACCCUUAUGAUAAUAGCUACAAACAAAUAGAUUUUUAGCAGCUAGCCAAUGAACAUAAAAAGGAUCAAUACCUAGAAAUCUUGUCAUUCCCUUGGUAAAUAUUCACUGCGGUUACCAUUAUCAUCACCGUCACCAUCACCAUCAUCGCUUCGAUUGUUGUUGCCGUUGUACUGUAGGCCUAUUUUUAAUCUCAAUUCAUUUGCCUACAUGGCAACACUAUAUAUAUAUAAAGCAAAAAGAUUAUAUAUAUAUAUACACAUAAAUAUAUAUAUAUUGAGAAUCUCUAUAUAUACAGUAAAUCUAGAUCACUUAUACAUACAUAUAUAUAUAAUUAUAUAUACACUCAAACAUGCGUGCAUAGGAGGCCGCUGGCGACAUAUAUACAAUUCUACUGUAUAUGCUGCUAGAGCAAUAUGUGCGGUUCAAAACGGCGUCUAUGAGUUACCAUGCAUACUUAUACUGUACAAUUAUAAUAUAACACUGAGAUUAAAUUAAAUAUUUUUCAAUAGAGAACCUAUUAAUUAUAAGAUUAUACUUAUGAGAGUAAUUAAUAUUUAAAACAAGUUACGGCUAAAAGAAAUUGUGUUGCCGACUACGGUAUGUCUAACGCAUGAUCUAAUGAUUAUGGAUCAUUUUACAAUUGUAACAAUUUUAUUAAAAAGAGAAAAACGGAAAGAUAGAGAUAAAUAUCACAAAUAUUAAGAAGCGUACAUGUAAAGAAAGGGAGAUUAUAUUGUACCAUGGAACGUGAGAUAAUAACUUUAAUAAUUUAUGCUAGUAACACUAUUGAUGCUUAUGAUGAUGACGACAAACAUUCAGUAGUACAGAAUGGGCGGCGUAGUUUUGCGACGUUUCAGAAACAACAACAACAACAACAACAACGUUCGAAUCAUUUGUUGUAUUAAUUAUUAUUGUCAAUCAUUUCCAAAACAAAAGUGCUCCAGCAGCAACAAUGGGGAGUACGCCUUUUCGACUCCUCACUAAGUUGACCUGGUAGUUGUAGUCACCUUGAUGCACUUUUUUUUAACUUAUUUUCUGAUUUCGACGACUACGACGACGACGACGGCGGCGGCGGCGGCGGCGAUAACAACAACAUCUCCUCAUGUUUACAACUCUUUUCGACGUUUAGCUUUUUGCAUUGUUUUUUCUUCCGUAGACUAAUCAGACAGUUUCCGUUUCCCCGGCUGUUCAUUAUCGAGCUUGAAUCGAUCAGUGUUUGCGAGUCUGCUGAUUGUCACAUACAAAUCCCACAAAAUCCGUUGUCAUCAAGGAAAAACUAUCGAGAAGAUCAUUUCAACUGCUAGACAGCAAGUCUAAACAACAGGAAGUAAGCUAAAAUGGCCCAAAGCAAUAUAUAGUGCAAACCGGCUGCUCUUUCCAUCGAAAUCAAUCAUCUAAAUAGUUCAGCCCCAAAAUUAUUCAAUGCUUAGAUCCGCCACUAAAACAAAGUAUCGAAUGAACAAAUACUUGAUGGAAGAGAUAGAGACCCAGAAACCACGUAAUUAGAACAGAACGCGUCGAGCGGUAAUAGGUAAGUGUUCGUAGACGUUGGACCUAGCACUCAAUUACGAUGAUCACGAUCUGAACACUACAGCGCAUUGAGGUUAGCUCAUAACUCGAAUCUCCUUCAUGCGUUCUUCUCCCGUUGGCAACUGAAAAUAAAAUCCCAGCGAACACGUCCUGUUGCGAACGUCACAGAGAUGCAUACGCACAAAUGAUCAGGCUGAAACGCAGUCGUUUGCGAAACACUAGCAUCAUAUUUUCAUUGUUUUUACGUGUACCUGCAGAAGCAUAUGAAGGAGCAGUGCCAUAAACGAAGGCGUACCUUUAUGCUGUCAGGUAGGUUGGAAAUCUCCAAAAGUCCAUCAUAAUACAAAGCCUGGUUAUUGUAUGGUUAAUUCGGAAAAAAAAAGCUUAAUUGACGCGGUUUGUUUGCCAAGCAGCGGCUUUGAGUCAUUCAACGCUGACAGUCAUUGAAAUGUCUGUCAAGAUGUCAUUGUAUUUUACGGAACGCAAGGGCCUCGAUAUCUUUCAUCGCGUUCAGCUUUCAAUCAUCUGAGAAUCUAUUCGUAAGGUGAAAAGGGCUUCAACAUGCGAUCUAAACGACUGUUACUAUUUAUAUCGUACCAGCAAGCCCUGGCAAGGAAUUGGCUUUCUCGGCUUGGCCAUUCUUGUGUUGCAUGCUAUACGCCUAUCAUCAAUAAUGGUAGAAGCCCCUUGAACCGAGUGAUGCGUCCGAACCGCUCAAGAUGUCCCUAUGUAAUAUAUGACCCCUCCGUUAAGAAAACAACAUUACCGAUAGCAGCAACAAUUAUGAUCAUCCUGAAGACGAUAUUGCAGCAAAUAGCAGGAUCUGUACUAACAGCCGCAACGGAACUAAAUAAAGAACUAAUAGUACAACCUGAUGGUGUACAAUCGUGUGAAAAACAACGUAUCUUUACUAGUAGAA